CCCGCGGCAGUGACAAGGUGGACACCACAGCGUGCAGGCAUCACUUGCCUGUCCCACGCCAGCCCGUGGUGCGACCUAUCCCGUCUAUGCUAGUCCGGAGGACGAAGAAUAUCCCGUCUACGCUAGUCCAGAGGCGACCUAUUCCGUCACCUGUUCCAGGCCGCGGGGCGGACUGUCCCGUCACCUGUACUCCACGCUAGACCGGAGGGUGACCUAUCCCGCCACCAGAUCGUCGUCUCGUGGACAGGAAAACGCAACACUAAGUACAGCUGGUCCAGUGUGGUCAACCACAUCUGCUGAGCAGGCGCAAGAGGACGCUCCGGGCGCUUCUGCUGAUUCCUGCUGGAUUAUACAUUUGGACCGAAUGUCACCAUGGAAGGAGACAACAUCACCACGAUGGCCCGCCGGCUAGUGGCGGGAACCUGUGUCCGCACCCUCGCAACCUUCCUCCUCGGCUUCGGCUUGGGCGUCGCCAUCCACCUAUUCGUUGGCCUAUCACUCACGGACUCAGAAGCCAGCGAGGAAGCACUUCAAGAGGCGGGGUGGAGUGCCGAGGAGGGGGACCCGGACCAGCUGACUAGGUGGAUCCCGCCCCUCAACCCCCACCACUCAGGAGGUCCUGCGGAGAGUGCCCUCGUACUCUGCUAUAUCCUGACGGGUCCUACCACCCACCAUAGGGCUCUCCACGUCAGGAAUACCUGGGGUCAGCGCUGCGACAGGAUCGUUUUCUACAGCACGCAGGAGGAUCCAGACCUUCAGACGGAGGUGCUCGACGUGCCUGAAGGAUACGGGUUCCUGUGGGCCAAGACUAAGGGCGCCCUCGCCCACCUUCACCGCCACCACCCGGAGUAUGACUGGUACCUCAAGGCCGAUGACGACACCUUCGUCAUUGUGGAGAACCUUCGCUACUUCCUCAGGGGCCUCGACUCCGGGCAGCCGGUGUACUAUGGCGUUAAGUUCCGCCAGCAUGUGAAGCAGGGGUACAUGUCUGGCGGAGGCGGCUACGUUCUGAGCCGGGAGGCGGUGAAGAGAUUCGUAACGAAGGCGCUACCGCUGAAGGACCAGUCGAAGUGCCCCUCCGAGGCGACCAAGGGCGCCGAGGACCUCCAGCUCGGGAUAUGUCUUGAGAGUGUUGGCGUGGCUGCGGGAGACAGCUUGGACGAGGAAGGCAAGCCCAGGUUCUUCUCCAACAGCCCCAUGUCCCUCUACUACAAGCAGCCUCUCAUCAACAAGCUUCACUGGUACUGGCGAUACAUCUGGCAUAAACAUGGGGUGGGACCGGACUGCUGUAGUCGGCAUGUUGUGUCCUUCCACGAUGUUGACCCCCGCAUGAUGUGGACCCUGGAGGCUCUUCUGUACCGCCUCCACAUACACCGGGACCUCCAGCCUCCGCAUCUCAAUACUUCCUCCAGCAUACAGCCUCCACUACACACUCCGUCCACCACCAGUCACCACGAGCCUUCACCACAGCGGCCCUCCUCCACUUCCACCCUCACAGUUCCAUGAUGAUCUCACUAUUCCAUAGUUAUCUCAUCAUUCUUUAAUUAUAAUAGAGCUUUUCAGGGACCAAUUUACGAAUUUCUGUUCGUGUGUUCACUUGUAAACUUAUGAGUGAGAGGAUACUUGUCCUUAUGACCCUUAAUAUUUUUCCUUUAUGGCCCUUUGGGUACUUCUUGGGUACGUCUUGGGGUACCAAGAAGUACCCUUCCAAGUCCUCAUUUCCCUUCAAGACUCUUUCUCAUAGUCCUUCUAUACCCUUCCUUAUCAUCCUGAAAUAUUAUAAAUUGUCAGAGAGAAACCACACUAACGUGCCUACAGCAAUGAGAGAAUCCGUAGACUUCCUGUUGCGGCUUCAGGAAACCCUCGUGUGCUCAGUAGAACUCCAGGUUGCAAUCCCUUUGACCCUGUCGUGGCGUAGUGGUCUACGUUCGAUUAGGUUCGAACCCUAAUCAUUGCUCCUGUUGAUAUUCUCACUGAUAAGUAACGAUAAUGUGAUUUCUCUGUGUAAUACUAUCAUUAAUAGUACAAAGAUAAUCAAUAAAAACGGUAAUAAUAAUUAAUAAUUAUACUAGUACUAGUAAUAAUAUUAAUUAUGAUAACAUUAAUAAUAAAAACGAGGUUAAUAAAGAUUUGAUUUAUAAGAAUUUAAAUUAAUUUCCGUACUGUGUCUUGAGAGGCAGUGAUAGAUAGGUAUGUCUAUAAAUGACACUGUCUGUCUGUCUGUCUGUCUGUCUGUCUGUCUGUCUGUCUGUCUGUCUGUCUGUCUGUCUGUCCGAGGUUAAGGGACAAGACGCUAGGGACCAGUUUAACGCACCUUUCCAAGAUGACACAUGAGGGGUGUGUGGGAAUGUCAUAGGCCAGCCCGGUUUGACUAGUGCCACAAUUUAAGAAAUUUCGGGAUUAAAAGUGACCCCCAGGGCGAUUUUCAUGAGAUCUGAAGUGGAGGUUCAAUUUUCUGCACAGUUAUUUAGCAGUUUAUAUGUUUCGGAAUAUUGCAUUUUGCGAGAGAGAGUGAGAGGAGGAGAGAGAAGGAAGGGGAGGGGGGAGA